AACUAGAUCUAACUAAGACUAGGUUCUGACAGAUCCAACGGUCCACGAACAAGCCCCUGAUUAAGGAAAGCUCGAGGCUCGGUGCCGAGCCUGAAUGGGCUGUAUACGAACUAGUCCUGUCUGUCCGUUCGGGGGAUUGCCGGAGCCAGUCUUCUACGACCAAAUCGCCGCUUUUAUGGUCGACAAUGUGCGCUUUCGAUUCGGUGGGAAGUUUCUGCAUAUAACGAACAGAUCGAGCUAAGUAUCUCUAGAUUUGGUGCAGUAUCGGCUGUAGAAUUUUGCUAUAUCAGGAGCUGGAAGGAGGCAACAGGGUGGCUCUUUUGUCUGGUAAACAUACUUUUCUGUCUGGGAAAUGCAGAUUUUGGGAUUGGGUUUUUGAUUGUUUUGUAGAUUGGUUGCUGAGAAAGGAGUUUGUAGUUGCCAUGGUGUUUGAGUCAAAGGGGCAAUGGCUGCCCUCCUUAGCAGGCAACUACAUUGCAUUUGAGUGGGGCAGGAAAGAAGGGUUUUGCAGAAUUCUAUUGGCUUUGAUGGAUUUUGGACACAAAUUAGAGAAGAAAUAGCAUUGUUUUUACAGAUGUUUGUGUGACUAUUGUAUUUUGAGGUCAGUCUGUGUAAGGAUAUUGAUGCUUUGGGGAAAAUUAAAUGUCUUGGUGCAUUAAUAAGGCCUGAUUGGGAAUCUCAACGGUUGCUUUAAGGGAGUUAUUGGUCGCUUUCACCAGUCGGCCUGGUUUUGAUGGAUUUGGUGUUCACAGAGGAAAAUAUUCCUUUUUGUUGAAGACCGUUUCUAGGAAAUCACAUGUUUGAGAUUAGUGUUAUAAGAAAUUUGAUGCCUUGGAAAAAGUGAAAUAUAGGAACUCAGCAUUGUAUCGUGGAGAGUUAGUAAUUGCUUUCUCUGGUUGCCCUGUGGGAUAUUUAGUAAUAUCUCGAAAGGAAUUUGUUGAAUUUGAGUUCUUAUAUUGUUUUUCAUAGUUUUUUGUCUUCACAUUUACAAAAAAAGUAGUAUUCUGUUAAAGGCCACAAGAAGGAAUUUAUGUGUUUGAGGUCAUAUCUUCCAAGGAUUUUGAUGCUCUUGGAACAUUGAUUCACUAGAAGCUCCAAGAAGCUUGGCCUAAGAAACCAUUAGUGCUUUUGUGAGCGUUUGUCAUUGCUUUCACUGGUUGGCCCAUGAGGAAUAACAGUAUCUAUCAUGAAUAGGAAUUUUGUAUUUUGAAUACCCGUUAGGGGUUUUGUACAUAAGGAUUGAUUUUGGGGUUAUGUGAUAGGAUCUAUGCUAUAAGCAAGCUUUGACAACUCUUUUGUACAUACAGAGGGUAUUUUGGGAUAUAUGAAAAUGUUUGGAGCCCAAAACAAGCACGGGGAAAUGUUACCCCUUAUGUGGGAAAGCCAAAAGAAGAAUCCCAUAUGGAAGGGCAAUAGUAACGCACUUAGAAGGAAUGUCAUGGUAAGGUUUUCAGAUCUGUACUCAUUUACUGUUGAGGGGAGUCUGGAGGAUGCAAAUGUUUUCAAUGAGGUGAGGGAGAGGGUGAAAGAACAAGGCAGGGUGUGGUGGGCAUUGGAAGCCAGCAAAGGGGCUGCCUGGUAUUUGCAGCCAAAGAUAUCAUCUAUGUCUGAAGGAAUUGCUGUAUCUUCAUUAUCACUUACCGUUCUCACUAAUACCAUUGUGUUGAAGAGGCUGAUUAGGAAGGGGAUUCCCCCUCAGUUGAGACCUAAGGUUUGGCUAUCAGUUUCUGGUGCAGCGAAGAAACGGUCUACUGUGCCAGAUAGCUAUUACGAGGAUCUUACCAAGGCUGUUCAAGGAAAGGUCACUGCUGCGACACGCCAGAUUGAUCAUGAUCUCCCACGCACUUUCCCUUCACAUCCCUGGCUAGAUAGUCCAGAUGGACAUGCGGCAUUGCGCAGGGUGCUUGUUGGAUACUCUUUUCGUGACUCUCAUGUUGGUUAUUGUCAAGGUUUGAAUUAUGUGGCUGCACUUUUACUGCUUGUCAUGAAAACUGAGGAGGAUGUAUUUUGGAUGCUUGCUGUGCUUUUGGAGAAUGUGUUGGUCAAUGACUGCUACACAGACAACUUGUCGGGAUGUCAUGUUGAACAGAGGGUAUUUAGAGACCUCCUGGCAAAAAAACUACCUAGAGUUGCUGCACAUUUGGAGCAUUUGGAAUUUGAUGUCUCCCUUGUAGCAACAGAAUGGUUUCUUUGUCUGUUUGCAAAGAGUUUGCCAUCCGAAACUACAAUGCGUGUUUGGGAUGUUCUUUUUAAUGAAGGUGCCAAGGUUUUAUUUCGAGUAGCCUUAGCUAUCUUCAAGAUGAGGGAGGAUGACAUACUAGCAGCUCAACAAAUUGGGGAUGUUAUUAGUAUUUUGCAUAAUACUACGCAUCAUGCAUUUGAUCCUGAUGCAUUAUUGAAGGUGGCCUUUGAGCAAAUUGGUUCUAUGACCACAAACACAAUUACAAAGCAACGUAAAAAGCAAGAACCUGCUGUAAUGGCAGAAUUGGAUGAGAGAUCAAGGCGACUCAAUUCCACAGGAAAUGAGAAAUCAUCAAUUUCAGAUGAUUAGAUUGUGUGUGUCUAUACAAUAACUUUUCUGUUCCAAAACAAUGCCAUAAUGGUUGCAUCUGUUUUGGUACGCUUGAUAUCAAGAUCUGUUAUGAACAUGUAAAUUUCAAUGUGCAAAGCAGAUGUGGGUUAAUUAUAAUCAAGCCAUUCCAAAGUAUGCCAUAGAAAAUUUCACCAUUUUUUGUUUCAGUGAGGUGGCAGGUGUGGAACAUGCUAUUGUUGCUGCAAGUUCCAAAAUCUUCCCACUAUCAUGAGAUGCAGCGGCCAAUUCUUCACCAUGAUUUUUGUGUAUUGAAAAGUUUUAAGAAUUCUUGCAUUAUUACAAAACAAGUUGAGAUGUUUGAAGUUGUCUUCUCUUGGUCAUAAUCUUCAGAUCUGUUCAUCUUUGGAUAACAGUACUUGUUGGGCUGUGUAAUUGUAAUGUGCUUGAAUUCACAAACAACUAUUUGAUCC